CCAUUCGAUAAAUAUCGGGAGGUAUGCCAAUCCGUUGAAACUAACUGAACCUCUGUCCAAUAAUGCCUUCUAGGUCAUCUCCCGUUUACGCCAGCUCCUCUCCUGCUUAUGAGUCAUAUACCCCUUCCUCCUCUUCCUCUUCUUCUUCAUCAUCCUCUUCCGAGAACAUCAUCUAUGGCGGCACAUCCUCGUACCCACCACCCCGCAAGGCAUGGGUAGACCCUAAGAGCUUGGCCAACUGCGGAGAUGCAUCCCAAAUACAGGGAAAUGUAUCCCCCUACGUCAAGCAACUUAUCCUCAAUACGUUCAUUGCGUACGGAGCUGGUGAUGAGCACUGCUUUGGUCAUUCCGUUGCCAAGGCAGUCAAGUUCAUCGAUAUCAGUGCCCACGAGAGCCACGAAAAACAAGGUCGUAUGGAGGCAACGACUACUGCAGAAGUUCUUGUUUCAAAAAGCAUGUUGAACGGCGCGGGAAUGCUCCAUGGAGGUUGUCUGGCGUUUCUGAUCGAUAACUGCUGCAGCACUCCAUUGGUCGCUCUGGGACUGAUACAAAACAUUAAUGGAGUGGGAGUCACUCAGGCGAUGAACAUCAUCUUUCAUUCACCUGCACCGAUUGGAUCGUGUUUGCGUAUCAUCAGCACUUCAAUCGCUAUGGGCGGCCGAAUUAUGAGCGCACGAUGCGAGGUGAUUAACAAAAAAACAGGCAGUGUAGUUGCCUCUGCAUAUCUCAACAAAAUGCAACCGACUCUUUCAAAACUGUGAUGAUUUUGUCCCUUUUCUGUUAUCGACGACUCACACUGUAUCGAAAGCAAUCUCUCCUCGCAUGUACCAAACUAAGCAUAAUCAAUAGGGUUGUAUGAUGAUAGAUACUGUAUGUAUUGGGAUUUUAUGGUGGUAACAGCCUAGAUGAUUCUAACUAGAAUAUACUUAUCCUUGGUUCAAGAUCGGCCGAAGGACCGAAGUGGAUUCAUAAAUUUAGUAGAGAGUUACUAGUUACGCGAGGAUCCCUGAAUAGCCAGCCCUCUCAGGAGUAUCCCGAUCCAAUACCAUUCUUGCGGUGCUUCCUGACAUUGACCGAUCAGAAGUCCCGAAGACAAGCUAGCGGGUAUCUCCGCAACCAAGCCAGGCCCCUAGACGAUAAUAUUGCGGGUUGCUUCGCGGAACCUUUCAUUAUCCUAUGUAUGUAUGAUAG